UAGCCCUCCCAAACAACAAAAUCCUCGCAGAUGCGUACGCAAAGAAGACCAAUGCUCUGGUCUACUUACCCGACUUCAUGGCUGGCUACGUCUUGCCGGCCGACGUCCUGAUUUCGUUCAAAGCACUCGGUGCCACGGGAUGGUGGAAUCAGCUGUACAAGAUCUACCACUUCUUCUACCUGUUCCCGAACUUCAUGGGGUUUAUGUACUACUGCCGACAAUCCGUCACGGAGCCUCGGAUCAUGAAGUUCUUCAAGGACCUUAAGCAGCACGAAGCGAAGAAUCUGCCCGUCGGUACUGCUGGUUUCUGCUGGGGCGCGCAAUAUGUCACCAAGCUCUGCUGGGACCAGGAGAAGGUUGACGGUGGCAAACGCCUGGUCGACUGUGGCUUUGUCGCGCAUCCUUCGAUGUUGAAGUACCCUGGUGACAUCGACAUGAUCGUGCUGCCAUACUCGUGUGCCGCCGCAGAGAUCGACCCGCAGAUGUCGGCAGAGAAUGCUAAGCAGACUAAGGACAUUCUGAUGGCGAAGACGGCCAAGACGAAGGACUCGGGCGUCGAGCAUGAAUUCGUGAUGUACGAUGGUGCGCAUCACGGCUUCGCAGUGCGCGCGGAUGAGGAUGAGAAGCACGAGGCGGAGCAAGGAAAGAAGGCUGAGGAUCAAGCUGUCAAUUGGUUCAAGCGGUGGUUCGCUAAGCCGCCGCCGCUCGCUCAGAUAUAGCGUAUGAGGUGCAGGAAUUACAUUCAGUCAUCGCAAAGAGAUUUGACGGAGGAAGCGAGCAUAUCACUUUAUACGGGCAUAUGGUGUAAUAAUCAGAGUCAAGACGAAGUCCGUUGAUUCAGCAUGCGUUGCCGCCAUGAUUCGAGCCUAUGCUGCACUAGUUCGUCCAGGUGUGGCUUCGCGGGUGGAUGAGAACAAGGUCUGGUUGUUGCUUUCUGAAUGGCAAGCCAGCUGCUUCGUGCUCUCCUGCAGUAUUCGCCUCUGAGGUAUGUCAGAAUCCGUUCCGCUCC